AUGGCCUGCCUGGUAGUCAAGGCGCCAGUCACUACCGAACCGGACCUUCUUCUACGGUUCCCGACGCUGCAACGGCUGCUGCGAGUCACUGCGUGGUGUCGUCGAUGGCUCAACCCGGUGAGACGUGACGCCAGACUUGGCCGUCCAUUGCAUCCUGACGAGCUGGACUCCGCGUUGUUUCGAUGGCUGCGAGUGGUGCAGGCGCUCCACUUUCCGACGGACGUAGCCGCGGCCUCUGCUGGACGCCCUACUCCACCGCGAAGCCACCUGGUGAAGUUGAGUCCGUUCCUCAACGAUCAAGGCGUACUGCGCGUCAGAGGACGUCUCAAAAACUCUCAACUUCCGCUCGACGAGAAACAUCCGAUGAUCAUCCCGGCGGCAUCCUGGCUGACUCGGCUGGUGAUCGAUUCCUGCAAUCGACGGACACUGCACGGGGGUGUGCAGCUGACACUCGGCCUGCUCCGCCUGCGCUUCUGGGUACCUCGAGGAAGAACCGCCGUCAAGCAGCAGCUACAUCGAUGCGUUACCUGCACUCGAUGGCGUGCUGCCACGCCACAGCCUCAGAUGGGUAACCUUCCUCGGGACCGAGUAACGCCAACCCGACCGUUCCUCAGCACCGGCGUGGAUUAUGCAGGACCCAUCCUCCUUCGGACCAGCAAGGGACGUGGACACCGUGCGCACAAAGGGUACAUCGCAGUCUUCGUCUGUUUCUGGUCGAAGGCCACUCACUUGGAAGUCGUCUCCGACUACACCUCAGAAGCUUUCAUCGCCGCUCUGCACCGCUUCGUCUCCCGCAGGGGCCUCUGUGCUGAGAUCUACAGCGACUGCGCGACAGCCGAAGGUCAUCGUAUCUUCCUUGCCGCCACCGCUCAAGGAAUCCGCUGGCACUUCAACCCGCCAGCGGUCCCGCACUUUGGUGGUCUUUGGGAGACUGCAGUGAAGUCGACCAAGUUCCACCUCCGUCGGGUGAUCGGCGAGACCACCCUCACGUUCGAGGAGCUGAGCACACUCCUCGCCCAGAUCGAAGCUUGUCUUAAUUCUCGUCCAUUGCAGACACUCUCAGAUGACCCAGAGGACGUCUCGGCGUUGACUCCCGGUCACUUCCUCGUCGGGGCGCCGCUACUCGCUGUGCCGGAACCGUCAUUGACAGGGCAGACGGUAUCCACCUUGUCACGCUGGCGUCAUUUGCAGCAGAUGAGGGAUCACUUCUGGCAGCGCUGGUCAUCCGAAUAUUUGCACGGACUAGCCUCGCGCACCAAAUGGCUCAAGGACGAAGCUGCACCCCACGUCGGCGAUCUCUGUCUCGUGCGCUCCGAGCUCACCCCACCGAGCCGAUGGCCACUGGCUCGCAUAUCGCGACUGCACCCCGGGGACGAUGGGAUUGUACGCGUGGUGUCAAUCCGAACGGCCACGUCCGAGCUUGUGCGCCCACUCGUCAAGCUUGUUUUCCUCCCGGGCGUGAACGACGCACCUACACCGCACGGUGACACUUCGUAA